AUGUUCUCGGCCUUUUUUCGCCGGGUGAAAUCCUACAAGGAAAAGAUCCCGUUUCUAAAAGACCUACACCUCAACUUUAUUCUCCUCCAUUACGCCUACAUCAUUUCUUGGGCUAUCAUAGGUUCCCUCAUCGUUUACGCCGGUGGGAACGUUGCCUAUGUCGAUGCCCUCUUCCAAGCCGCUGGUGCCGCCACCCAGAGCGGGCUGAACACCGUCGAUCUGAAUCUCCUCCGGCUAUAUCAACAAAUUGUCCUUUACCUGAUCACAUGCCUGUGCACACCGAUCUUCAUCCACGGCGCCCUGGUAUUUAUUCGGUUAUACUGGUUCGAGAAGCGCUUCCAACAUGUGGUCCGAGACGCUCGGGCGAUGCGACGGACCCGAUCCCGCAUGGAAACGGUAACCGAUGAUGGUAACAGCGAGAAUAUCAACCGUGCGGAGCUUGGAGUCAGCGGUCGACCCAUUGUGAACGUUAAUUCGGGCAUCAACACACCGGAACCCCGGGCGAGUAGUGUUGACUCCAGCUCCGAAGGAACAGACACGGGCAGUGAACGUGAACCUCGUUUCGGCCUCGGUAGCUUGAAGGUGCCAACCCAUUUGAGCCCUGAACACCACAUUGCCUUCUUGGAAAAGCAGCGGAAGGACAAAGGAGCUCUGCGCAUUCCGAGUCCUCGGGAGUACGACCGUGGUGGUGCGCCAGAGGCGUUGGAAGAAGAUGCCGACCAGGAGGGUGAGCAGGCCCAGCAACCCAGCGACCAUGACGACCAAGACGAACAGAGCCCCGUUGCACACCCCGAGGAGCUCGAUCAGCUUGGUCCACUUGAAGGACCACACAUCACCAUCAACGAGCCAGAUAUUUCACGAACCCGCCCACGCGGUAACACGUUCCCUCGUCUGGAGACUCGCCCCACUUUCCGAGAGACUAAAGAUGGGAAUGAGACUACUACUCUUGCCCCUACUAACACUAGGAACACCUUCAGGGGUUGGAAUGCGACAGUGGCUCGUAACUCCAAUUUCGUUGAUCUGACCGAGGAGCAGCGUGACGAGUUGGGCGGUAUCGAAUACCGUGCGCUCAAGACCUUGGCCGUUGUUCUUAUCACCUACUACGUCGGUUUUCAUCUCAUUGGCAUGGUUAGCCUGGUCGGUUGGAUCAUGAGAGCGAACAAAUGGGGCGACAUUGUCCGGGCUGAUGGAGUUGGGCGGCCGUGGUGGGGAAUCUUUACCGCUGCGUCCGCCUUCAACGACUUGGGUUUCACCUUGACACCCGACUCGAUGACCUCCUUCCAAAGGGCUGUUUUCCCUCUGCUGAUGAUGUCGUUCUUAAUUAUCAUUGGCAAUACCGCCUUCCCAUGCAUGCUUCGUUUGAUCAUCUGGAUCCUUUCGAAAUUCACCCGCCAGGGCACUGCGCUAUGGGAAGAGCUGAAGUUUCUUCUGGAUCAUCCCCGUCGAUGCUUCACUCUACUGUUCCCUCGCAAUGCCACCUGGUGGCUGUUUGCGAUUCUAGUCGCAUUAAACUGCAUUGAUGUGAUCUUCUUCGUCAUCCUGGAUCUCAACGAUUCUGCCGUCACUUCACUGCCACCCGCCAUUCGAGUUGUGGACGGCUUCUUCCAAGCCUCUGCGACACGAACAGCCGGCUUUGGAAUCAUCAGUCUUUCAGAACUUCACCCCGCUGUCCAAGUGUCCUAUAUGAUCAUGAUGUAUAUCUCAGUAUUUCCCAUUGCCAUCUCUAUGCGUCGGACCAACGUCUACGAAGAGAAGAGUUUGGGAAUUUACGAUGCCGCAGAGGAGGAUGACGACGAAGAAACAAAUGCCCCCACCUAUAUCGGAGCUCACUUGCGACGCCAGCUGAGUUUCGAUUUAUGGUAUGUCUUUUUGGGUCUAUUUAUCAUUACCAUAGCGGAAGGAUCAAAAUUGCAGCAAAACGACAACGCCUUCCAGGUGUUUAAUGUUUUGUUUGAGGUUGUCUCGGCAUACGGUACUGUGGGUCUGUCGUUUGGAUACACAAAUGUCAACACCUCCUUCUCGGGGCAGUUCAAUGUGAUCUCCAAGUUGGUGAUCAUUGCUAUGCAAGUUCGUGGUCGCCACCGUGGCCUGCCUUAUGCACUUGACCGCGCCGUCCUUCUCCCCUCCGAUGCUCUCAACCGACAUGAGGCUGCAGAGGGAGAGCGCCGCAUGCGCCGCCGCGCAUCCAACCUGAGUGGUGGUGGGUCUUUCGCGCCAUCGCAAUCGCGUACCUUGUCUCAGGCGAGGAACGAUGCUAGUCAAUCUCAGACUAGGAAUGAGGCUGCUCUGUCUUCGGGUAUGGAAUCCCGCGACUGGCAGCCUCAGUCUGCUCCUACUGGAGACUCGCUCAUACGUCGUGCGUCGACUCUCCGAUCCAAUCGGUAG